CGUCUGCGGAAGGAUCUUUUCCUCCUCCCUCCCCCCCCAAAAAAGAGGGAGUGGUUCGUUCCCAAAGCGCAGGAAUACCGUCGAUGUAAUUUUGCCGAAAGUCUGGGAAUUAUGUGGAUUUUACAGAUUUCCGAGCUUUUCUUUUUCAAUUCAAACAACAACUUGACUUGCGUCGCAUCGUAUCCAGGAGCUCCAUCUUUGCGUUUCAAGGCAUUCUUAAGUCCAAACAGUGCAUGAAAGAAAAGGGAAGAGGGGAAAAAAAAUACUGAAUUUCGGGAAAAAAACAAACAAACAAACAAACAAAAAAAAAACAUGGAGACAAGGAAGGGAAGGAGAGGACAAAAAAUGACUUAAGACGAAGUUUACAGCUUUGAAGUCGUCCUGUUUGACAUCAAAGCGUACAGAAGUUGUGUUUGGGGGGGGAGGAAAAAAAAAGGGGAACUUCUGAAACGUCGGAAUUCGAAGCUUCUUUCUGUGCAGGUUACAAUGUCUCCUUCAACACGCCGGAUGUUUUGAAGCCGCAAAAAUUCUCCCAUCUACAAACGGGACACGGAACCAGUCAGCGUUCUUUCUGGAAGGAGGAAAAAAAAAGUGCCAUGCUGUUCAGCUAAACCGAGAACAGGCCUGAAAACAGCAAGGAAACGUCUUUUACACGGGUUUCUAUUCCCCCCUUAAAACGAGAGAUUUUCCGUGUUAAUCCUGAUGACACGAUCCCUUUUUUUUUCUUCUUCUUCUUCUUCAAGAUACUUUGUUUUCCUUUUUUCCUACAGAACUGGACGUCGUUUGCGACAUUAAAGGGGGGAAAAAACAAACAAAAACAAAACUAAAACACGUUGUUGGAGAUUACAGAGUAACAUUGUUUUCACGGAUUUCUUUCGUUCGUUAGGACACUUUUUAUAUAUUAUUCAAUUAUAUUAUCAUUUAAAAAAAAACAAAACAAAACAAUAUACUAAUUUUUCAAGCUUGGAGUCGACUCUCAGUUAGGGAGUCGUGUAACGCUGAAGCAUUCGCUCGAGGGGGUGAAAAAGUAUGAUCCGUUUGUUAAACAUUCCCAAUUCCGUGCUAUUUCCAUCCAGUUUAGUGCAGCUAAAGCUUCUCCAGGACUUCUGGAUGUUUUUCGGGUCUUAUUUCGUAUAAUUUCUACGACUUCGGUGCAAAUGACACACCGUGUCAGCUUACCGACACAUCCACCGUGGAGUCGACUCGUGUAAACUCACAGCUUAAGAAGACUUUUUUUCAUUCUUUCUUCCUGACAGAUUUGAAAUUUUUUUGUGGAUGAUAAACAACCGUCAGAGUUCAUCUUUUGGUGCACAGACACGAGUGUUUUACGUCGGUAAAAUGCUAGUUGGAUAAAGAUAAAAGGAGAAAAAACAAAGCAAGAAUCAGAAGCCCAAUGAGCGGCUCACAGUCCACGAUAGCUGACAGGUUUCCCAAAAAACCAACCAGACCAGGAAGUGUUCUCAACAAGGACCACCCCCCAGACAAGAAGCCCAAGAGCGAGAAGGUGUCAGUGCCUCCGACGCAUGACUUUGACCCCACAGAGUUGCCCGUGCAGAGUGUUGAGCGAAGGCCCGAGUCGUGUGGGCUUGUUCAGCGGUGUGUGAUCAUCCAGAAAGAUGAGAAUGGCUUUGGGUUGACCGUCAGUGGCGAUAACCCAGUGUUUGUCCAGCUGGUUAAAGAAGAUGGAGCUGCUAUGCGAGCUGGUGUUCAGACGGGUGAUAGAAUUAUUAAGGUCAACGGGACGUUAGUAACACAUUCCAAUCAUGUAGAAGUCGUCAAGUUAAUAAAAUCGGGUUCGUACGUGGCUCUGACGGUGUUGGGGAGACCUCCAGGGCUGCCACAGAUCCCCUUAUCAGAGGGAGAGGGAGACAGAGAGCCUCUCUCAUGCCUCAGCUCCCCUCACUCCCCCAUCCCCAGUGUACCCGAGCGCUCGUCCUCUUCCUCAACCUCUCCCUCCGACCGCAUCACCUCCUCACUGCCUGCAUGGGCGAUGAAGGAGGAGUACAGCAGAAACCCUACAGCCAGACUACUGAAGGACAUGCAGGAAGCCCAGAAACACAUCCCUCUGCUUCAGGGCCAACUCAGUAAAGCUGCCAUAGCUGGACAGGAUGGCCUGCUUACUCUGAGACUUGGAGAAGUUGAUGCAGAUGAAGGAGGUUUAGGCGACGUGGACGCAUCUCCAUCCUGGCACUCAGACUCCGAGUCCCCCAUGAACAGCAACUCGACGCCGGUCACGCCCAGUAUGAUCCCAGAAAGCCCGUACCAAAGAGACACUCCGUGCCACAGUCCAAAGUCGACGCCGCGCGUCAGCCUCAACUCCUGCCCGUCUCCAGACGGCGAGGAUGUGGUCGACCUGGACUCGAACUAUCAGAGCGGCGUGGGAAGCCCGUCGUUCCGUCUGCCGCGUCCCAUCAUCGGAGCCGAGGACGAUGACUUCGACACCGAGCAGGAGCAGAUGAACGGCCAGUGUAGCUGCUUCCAGACCAUAGAGCUGUUGAAGUCUCGGCCUGCUCACCUCGCAGCCUUCCUGCAUCACGUGGUCUCGCAGUUUGACCCUGCACCUCUGCUGUGCUACCUCUACGCCGAGCUCUACAAGCAAAGCAACCCCAAAGAGACACGGCGGACAUACAGCGAGCUCCACUCCACGUUCAUAGACCGAUCGGCGCAACUGAAAGUACUGGUGCCAGACUCGAUCGCAGCUGACAUGGAUCGAUGGAAGCCUGACGUAAUUCCAGAAGAUGUUCUAAGGCAACAUGUGCAACAGCUACAGGACACACUCCUACCUGACAUCCAGAAACACCUGGAAGACUUCAGGCAGAAGCGCAGUAUGGGCCUGACUUUGGCUGAGGCCGAGCUUAGCCGACUCGACACUGAGCGAGUGCGAGACCGUGUGGCUCUGGAGAGAGAGCGCUCGUGCUCAGAGCACAUCAUCUCCAAGAUCAAUGAAGUUUUGUUGACGCCAUCAGCCACAGAGGAGGAGAAGUGUACUGCAAUGCAGUUCGUCAUUCAGGCCUACAUGAAGCACCUUGGGGUGAAGGUGAAGGAAUCUCGGGGUUUUGAGCCCAAACCCAAGCUGAUAAACUUACUCCCUAAAAUCAAGAAGACUAUAAAAGCAGAGAAAGACGGAGGCGUGGAGGAGAAGCUGAAAAAGUCCCGCUUCCAGCUAAUGCGCAGCCACAACAAGAGGCCGAGCCGAACAGACGUCUCAUCGGUUACCAAGGCUUUAGAGCAGAAUAAACAGCGGACACAAAAGCAGCCGUCACAGAUUCCCGUAGGGUCGAGCGAUCAGGCUGAAACACCUUCAGCAGGACGAACACGGAGCAGUCAGUCCAGUGAAGGACCAGACAGCAGCACGGGCUCCAUCAGCUCACCUUCUUUCAGUGCUACGCUUUUACACAACUCUGACAGCACGGUGCGAGACCUAGAGCCAGGUGCUUCUCCCUUGUCAGCGUUACCCAGACUCGGAGAAGUCGGCCCUCUGGGUGAAGGACAGGACUCCUCUUCCUCAGGAACGCACUUUGACUUCACCGGUCCUCUGGACCAUCUCCAAGAGGAGGAGCCUGAGACAGACAGGAAUCCUGACGGAGGGACGCCGCGGCCGAUCAGAAGGAUGGAGCCGUUGGGUUCAGGAGAGGUGCAGAGCGAGGACGAUCAGGCGUUUGAGGUGGAACCAGAGCAGGAUCCUCCUCACUGGCAGACGCUGGUGAGCACAGAUGUUCUCGCACUGCUGCCACCACAUGAGAUCAAGAGACAGGAAGUCAUCAAUGAGCUGUUCUACACGGAGCGCGCUCACUUGCGCAUGCUCAAGGUGCUGGAUAACGUUUUCUACCAGAGGAUGACCCGAGAGGCCAUUCUACCCCCCGCAGACAUCAAGAACAUCUUCACCAACCUGGAUGAGAUCGUCCAGCUACACGUGUCCAUCACGGAGCAAAUGACAACCGUCCGGAAGAAGAACGAGACGGCGGUCGUGGACCUCAUAGGAGACGAUUUGCUGUCCUGGUUCAGCGGAGCAGAAGAAGAGAAGAUCAAACGGGCCGUGGGAACCUUCUGCAGUAACCAGCCCUUUGCUCUGGAGCUUAUAAAGAGCAGGCAGAAAAAGGAUCAAAGAUUCGCAGCCUUUGUGCAGGAGGCAGAGAGUAAUCGUCAGUGCCGAAGGCUCCAGCUGAAGGACAUCAUUCCUGUGGAAAUGCAGAGACUCACCAAAUACCCACUCCUGCUCGAAAACAUUGCGAAAUACACUGACGACACUGAGGAGAAAAGCAAAGUGAAGCGAGCCUGCGAGUGUUGCCGUCAGAUCCUCAACCACGUCAACCAGGAAGUAAAAGAAGCUGAAAACAAGCAGAGGUUAGAGGACUACCAGAGAAGACUGGAUCUGUCGUCCCUGAAGCAGAGCGAGUACCCCAUGAUCGCGGAGUUUAAGAACCUCAACUUGACCAAACGGAAAAUGGUGCACGAGGGACCACUGUCUUGGAAAGUCAAUAAAGAUAAGACUAUUGAGCUCUACACACUCCUCUUAGAGGACAUCUUGGUGCUGCUGCAGAGGCAGGACGAGAAGCUGAUCCUGAAGUGCCACAGUAAGAACCUGGCAGGCACGGCCGAGACCAAACACAUCUUCAGUCCGGUCAUUAAGCUGAGCACCGUACUGGUGCGCUCUGUAGCCACAGAUAACAAGUCGUUCUUUGUGGUGUCCAUGUCCGAUUACGGCGCACAGAUCUAUGAGCUGAUGGCGCAGACCGUGUCUGAGCAGAAAACGUGGCACGACCUGAUCGGGCAAAGAGCAGACUGUAUGAAGAGCCUGCCUCAGAACGAUGGGGAGCGAGAAGGUGAUGACGAGUUGACCUCCGGCAUGACGAAAAUGAACAAAGAUCCAGAUCGUAUCUCUACCGGAAGCAUCCAGUCUCCAGAAAAAGAUGCCACUUCCUGCUCGGAGAUCCUGCAGAUUCCUCCAGCAGGUAGCAACCCGUUUGACACAAAGUCAGAGGAUGAAGGAGAGGCAGAGGGAGAGGUAGAGGCAGAGGGAGAGGGAGAGACAGAAGGAGAAGUUGAGCGCUCGCUGCAGGUUCUGGAUGAAGAGGAGGAAGAGGAGGAGGCCUUCCUCGAACCUGAGCUUGCAGAAAGACUUCCGUUCUUGAAGCAGGGUUCGAGGCAUGCCAUCGCUGUGGAGGAGAAAGACUUGGACUCCUUUGACCUGCCCCCGCUGAUGGCAGACGAGGCACUUCGUACCUUGGCUACUCUGAGGCAGCUCCUGAUCAACCACAUGGACAGACAAGAGGACGUGGACAGGGACAGAGAGAGGGGGGACGCUCUGCUGCGUGAGCCGAGGGCAGGGUCUUUGCAGGGCUUGGAGGAAAACUUUGCCCCCAGUAACUCAGUGGAGAACGGAGCUGAGAGGACAGAGACCCUACACACCAGGACGGAGAACCGUCACGAGCUGCCCUCAGGAGAUACAGGCUUCUUUGAAACCUCAGAGGACUUUGUAGGCAUGGUGUUGGAGGGUUAUGGUGGGUCAGGUGAGAGCAGCACUGAUGACGACGGGCAGGUCUGCAGCACAGAGCCUGCAGCAGCAGGAGACUCGGGCAUAGACCUGAAGAAGCUCCUGUCUUCGGCUUCCUCUCAGAGCAGAGGACCCAACUUCAGCAGACAGGUCAUGACCCAUUUACGCUUGCUUCAGGCCAGCCUGCAGCAGCUGAAGGACGUAGAAUCAAAAUAUAACCAACUAUGCCAAAGGCACUCGGAGCAAGCAGCUACUGAUUCAGAAGAAAACAAAGAUAAAAGCUAGUGUACCUGGAGCUGUGGUUUCCUGCUGGAAGUAGAAGAGAUGCAGAGUCAACAGGAAGUGACGCUGUGCUCCUGCUGCUCCUCGAUCAACUCUUAGGCAUCUCAGCUGCCUUUAAUCGGGCAGUAACGAAGACCGAGGGAUCCCAAACCAAACCUCACACCCGCAGCACUCUCGCUUCUUUCCGAGGAAAGCGCGUGGAAAAUUUACCAAGACGUUCCAUCAUCCCUAGUCGCUUCAGCCGUUUAUUCGGAGUCAUGAAGAUUCAGAUUAAAGCGGCUCUCUACAAAACUCACAAAGUUAAAGGAAGAGUAGACGAUGGCAGCAUGGCACCAAGGAUUAACUAAAUCCUGGAUGGAACUUCAUCUCUUCUCAUUUUCACAUCAAAUCAACUUGUAUGUGAAAUUGACAAUUUAAAAAAAAAAAAAAAAAAGCUCUGCUCUGACUGGAUGAAAUUGGGUUUAAUGUCCUAACCAGUAAAAUGAUGCUACACGUAGUUACUCUAGGCCUUAGACCUCGACUGCAGUCGGCUCACGAAAUGUCCUUCAUAAGGACUAAUGCUAGAAAACAGCCUGAGGGAUCAUUCCUUUUGUGUAUGGAUAUGAAUGUUAUUACUGCUGCGCACAUCUGCAUGAGGGCCUCAUGUGGCUAUUUACACAUCUGACCACUAAACUACAGGAAGAUUUGACUGUUUCUGAUCUCGUGGCUGAAGCUUCAACAAACACAAUCAGGUUCAUCGUCAGGAUUUUUUAAAGCCUAUUGUUCAGGUUUCGUAGCUAAAAUAUGAGCUUCUCUGGUUGCAAGUAAAGUUAGAAUACUGCAUUGUUUUAAUCUGACGUUGACGUGAAGAGGAAAGCCGAAAGAGGGAUCGCUCUUACUGCUGUUACUGAAAUGGAGUCGCCUGAAAACCUGAAGGGAUUUCCUGCAUCCUCGCCAGCGUAACUUUAAGCUUUUUUUUUUACUCUCCCACAUUCUGUUGAAUGAAGCUACUGAAGAUCUUUACACAGAGAAAGCAGAACUUUAUCACCACGAGUCACUAUAUUCUUUCAAUUCUACAAGCCAAACUCGAUCCAAAGUCUCACUCUGGAUGGUGAUAGCAUGGAUUUUCUCUUUAUCCGGGACGUGGGAAUGAAGUUAUGUGAAGAUAAAAAUUAUUCUGAACAUUAAUGCAAGAACAUCUUUUAAAAAAAAAACAAAAAACAAAAAAAAAAACAGACCCCUUAAGGUCUAUAAGUGUAAAAUUGUACGAUUAUGACCAACACUGCAUCUCUUACAGAGACCUAAUUCCUUCUUUUUUUUUUCUUUCUGCUUUCCACAUAUACGAGUCGUGUAUUAUUUUAACAGAACCUACUAAAAAAAAAAAAAAAAAAGGAUAAUAAUAAAUGACUGCAAGGUAUCCUUAAAUAUUAAUGUACUUUUUAUUUUGGCUAAUAUUUGAAUUAUUAUUAUUGAGCACUAUUAAUGAUCUUUUAGCCUUCUGUGGAAAAAGAUAUGAAUAGUUUCUAAUAGGUUCUAUUGCAUAAAAAUAAGACUGAACUGUUCAGGAUUUAAAGAACGAUUGCACACUGUCUCGGUUUUAUUUGCCGCUGCGGAAGAAAGCGACGAGAAGUUUCCGGGUUUAUUACCUAAAGGACAAAGAUCAAAACCACUUCGCUAUGCUGCAGAUUUAUUCAAUAAACUGGAAACACGAACAGUGAA